CCAAAUUGAUAGAAAAGUAUGUUACGGUAGGGGGGCAAUGGUCAUUCAUAGGUGUCUCUACUUAGUAACACCAACCGUACCCCCCACCGAAAAGGCGUGUAUCUCUGAUUACGAAAUUUCCUCAGAGCGAUCCCAGGCGUGACCUGGACUGGCGGGUCAUGUGACCGCCGCGGGUCCGGCUCUUGGACCAGGGUAUCUUGUAGAGGCCGGUGAAGGCAUUCAGCUGUGCGGCAGCCCGGCGGGUCCACCUGUGCCAGCGCGCGUAUUUUAUCUUUACUGCUUUAUUAUAAAACAUUUCUUUCCAACUUCAGCUACAGUGAUAGCUAAGUCUGGAAAGGAGGGAAUGUAAUAUACCGGGAUCUUUAAUUUUAUACACGAAGUUUAAAGCGAAGUGCAAUAAAAUAAAAAUUAAAAGAAUUUAAUAUGGAAAACGCAGGAUCCCGGGAAAAUCGCUGGGGAUACUUUCGUGAUUUCUUCACGUCGGCAAAGUUUCUCAUUUACCUCGGACAUGCCCUCUCCACAUGGGGGGACCGCAUGUGGAACUUCGCCGUGGCUGUGUUCCUGGUCGAGCUCUACGGGAACAGCCUGCUGUUGACCGCCGUGUACGGGCUCGUUGUGGCGGGGUCGGUGCUCUUGCUCGGAGCGCUGAUUGGAGACUGGGUGGAUAAGAACUCCAGGCUGAAAGUGGCCCAGAUGUCCCUGGUUGUCCAGAACCUCACCGUGGUGCUGUGUGGUGUCCUCUUGAUGCUUGUCUUCCAAUUCCAAGAUCCUCUUGCAGAACUCUACAGUGGCUGGUUGCUGACGGCGUGCUACAUCGUCAUCAUCACCGUAGCCAACAUCGCCAACCUGGCCAGCACCGCCACCUCCAUCGCUAUUCAGCGGGACUGGGUGGUGGUGGUGGCUGGUGAGGACCGGAACAAGUUGGCAGAUAUGAACGCUACUGUGCGCAUCAUUGACCAGCUGACCAAUAUCCUGGCUCCCAUGCUGGUGGGCCAGAUCAUGGCAUUCGGCUCACAUUUCAUCGGCUGCGGAUUCAUCUCUGGCUGGAACCUCUGCUCCAUGUGCUUGGAGUACUGCCUGCUCUGGAAAGUCUACCAGAAAACGCCAGCACUGGCAGUCAAAGCUGGACAAAAGGAGGAGGGCGUGGAGCUCAGCCAGCUCAACCCCAAACAAGCCAUGGCAGAGACGGAGAAUCCAUCGGAGGGCAGCCAGCUGGUGAAUGGGGCAGUGGCAGGGAAGCAUGAUGUGGUUGCCGAGGUGUCCUUCUGCUACAGGCUGUGGGAACCGGUCCGUACAUUCCAGGCUGGCUGGGUGGCCUACUAUAAUCAGUCCAUCUUCCUGGCUGGAAUGUCACUGGCCUUCCUCUAUAUGACCGUUCUGGGUUUUGACUGCAUCACCACCGGCUAUGCCUACACCCAGGGCCUCAAUGGCAGCAUCCUCAGCCUGCUUAUGGCCACUUCAGCGGUUUGUGGGAUCCUUGGUACCGUGGUCUUCACCCGUGUCCGCCGGCGCUGCGGCCUGGUCCGAACGGGCUUCAUCUCUGGCGUGGCCCAGCUCUCCUGCCUCCUACUCUGCGUGGCUUCCGUCUUCGCACCAGGAAGCCCCUUCGAUCUCACUGUCUCACCCUUCCGGGACCUGGCCAGCCAACUAGUUAGGGGCACUAGUGCCCUGCCAGAAAUCAGCCCCACCCUGGCAACUGUGAUCACCACGAGUCUGGCCAACAGCACUGCAGGAGGACAUGAUAUGGAGGAGAUGCCACAGGUGGACUCCUACCUCUCAGUCGGCCUCCUCUUUACCGGGGUCAUUGCUGCUAGAGUGGGUCUCUGGUCUUUCGACUUGACUGUGACUCAGCUAAUCCAGGAGAACGUGAUGGAAUCUGAAAGAGGGGUCAUCAACGGUGUCCAGAACUCCAUGAACUACCUCCUUGACUUGCUGCACUUCAUCAUGGUCAUUCUGGCACCAAACCCAGAAGCCUUCGGCAUUCUGGUCAUCAUAUCUGUCUCUUUUGUCGCCAUGGGUCAUGCUAUGUACUUCUGCUUUGCCUACAGGAGCCUCAAGUUGCGCCUGUUCUUGUGUUUUUCUCCGGAACAGAAAACCGUGACUCGUGCGCCCUCGGUCUCUUCUGUUUAGAUCUUCAUGUUCUUUCAAGUCACUUUUGAAAGCCAAAAGCAGGACUGGCCAGUGGUCUCAUGAUCAUUAAUGAGCAAACUCUGUGACUUGGGUUAACUAAGAAUUGUAUUGAACGGCAGUGCAGACAGGACUGUGAAGGUCUUUAUUCCUGUGUGCGAGAUCUUCCUGUUUCUACAUAUCUUCCAUGAAGCAGGUCUGGGAUAACGUGCCCUUCAGCAUUAAUAGCAGUGCUGCCAAACUCAGUGUCCAUGUAGGUGGACUUUCAUUCAUGUUUUUAGUGCUGAUCUCUGAUGAUGAGGUUGCAAAAUGAUACAAAGGUGAUAUUUUCAUCGUCACAAGCACAUAUUACCCACAUGCAUUUUCAUAGCCAUUAUUUUUCUCCUCUGUCUUUCCAUCUGGGUUCAUUCCUCAUGGCAUUUCACUCCUGCCACACAGACCAAAUUGUUCAGUCUCAGGUUUAACAGACGUUCAGCAAUGUGAGUAUUUUAGAUGCCUGACUUGUAUGUGAAGAAUAUGGUUAAAUCUUGUGUACAUGCUUGUUCAUCAGUGCUAACCUGACUGUCUUUAAAGGCAAAUCAUGGUUAAUUUUCCUGUAAAUUUAACCAAGCUGUUAUGAUAAGGCUUAUUUCAGAAAGAAAAUGUUGGUAUGGGUCAAUGUCAUUUGAGAACAAAGAAAAUUUGCUUUCAAGAGCAGCAGGAAGCAAUGCAGUUUUUUAGAAAGUAUUUUGCGUUGCGUUGCGAUGUGUUAUUGUUAAAUUGCUGUAAGACUCAUACACAAGUCCAUGUCUACAAUGAAACAUAAAAUUAUUAUUGAAGAUUUUUUGUGUAUGUAUUACUGUAACAUUUUUUCACAUUAUAUGUAUCUGAUAUUCUUUAAA